AUGCGGCCCCUCCGCGCUCCCCUCGCCUUGCUCUGCCAGGUGCUGAGCGCCUGGGCUGCCUGCGCCCUCGCCCCGGCUCCCGUCGCGGCCGCUGGGCCGCCGGCGCCCCCGCAGCGCGCCCGCUCGCAGCCAGCCCCGACGCCCCUCGCCCCGGGCCGGCGGGCGGCCGCGGCGCUCCCGGGGCGCGGAGCGCUCCCUCCCGGGACCGGCGGAGCGGAGGGACCGGGCGGCAGCUGCGCUCCCCACGGGGCGGCGGGGGCCGGGCGGCGGCGGGCGCGGAGCAGCGAUCCCGGAGCCGGCGCGGCGGCGGGGAGGGGCGGGGCGGGCGGGCCCCGCUGGCUGCCCCUGAACGGUUCGGCAGGCGGCGAGGGCAGCGCCGGGGGCCGCGGGAACGCCACGGGGCGCCGCGCCCGCCUCCGCAACCCCUUCUACCCGCUGACCGAGGAGUCCUACGGCGCCUACGCCGUCAUGUGCCUCUCCAUAGUGAUCUUUGGCAUCGGCAUCAUGGGCAACAUGGCAGUGAUGUGCAUCGUCUGCCACAACUACUACAUGCGGAGCAUCUCCAACUCUCUGCUGGCCAACCUGGCCUUCUGGGACUUCCUCAUCGUCUUCUUCUGCCUGCCGCUGGUCAUCUUCCAGGAGCUCACCAAGAAGUGGCUCCUAGAAGACUUCUCCUGCAAAAUCGUCCCGUACAUCGAGGUGGCCUCUCUUGGAGUCACCACAUUCACACUGUGCGCCCUCUGCAUUGACCGGUUUCGUGCUGCCACCAACGUGCAGAUGUAUUAUGAGAUGAUCGAAAACUGCACCUCGACGACGGCCAAGCUGGCUGUCAUCUGGGUAGGUGCCCUGCUGCUGGCACUGCCAGAGGUGGUGCUGCGCCAGCUGGCCAAGGAGGACCCCGAGUACAGUGGCAGCCCCCCAGGUGAGCGCUGCGUGGUGAAGAUAUCCACCACGCUGCCCGACACCAUCUACGUGUUAGCUCUCACCUACGAUGGGGCACGACUCUGGUGGUACUUCGGCUGCUAUUUUUGUUUGCCUACCCUGUUCACUAUUACCUGCUCCCUGGUGACAGCGAGGAAAAUCAGGAGGGCUGAAAAGGCUUGCACAAGGGGGAACAAGCGACAAAUUCAGCUGGAAAGUCAGAUGAACUGCACAGUGGUGGCUCUGACCAUUUUGUAUGGGUUUUGCAUCAUUCCCGAAAACAUUUGCAACAUUGUGACUGCCUACAUGUCCACAGGGGUCUCUCGACAAACUAUGGACCUCCUCCAUCUCAUUAGCCAGUUCCUUUUGUUCUUUAAGUCCUGUGUUACCCCAGUUCUCCUCUUCUGCCUCUGUAAACCUUUCAGCCGGGCCUUUAUGGAGUGUUGCUGUUGCUGCUGUGAUGAAUGCAUCCAGAAGUCUUCCACAGUGACAAGUGAUGACAAUGACAAUGAGUACACCACGGAACUGGAGCUCUCUCCUUUCAGUACCAUCCGUCGCGAAAUGUCCACUUUUGCCUCCGUGGGGACUCACUGUUAAUUUACCUUAGGACUUUUUAUUUCAUGUAUCUUUUUCCUUUUUCUUUUUUUUUUUUUUUACUUUAUAUUUUUCUUCUUGAAACAAAAUGCAGGAAAAAAAUUACUGUUGAACACUACUCUCAAAACCAAUCUGUGUAUUAACCGUCAUGCUUUGGAAAAUAAUUUGUUUGGUUAUUAAAAGAAAAGAGAGACAAGGAGAGUCAGCACUCAGUUUUAAGUCAUGAUAUUUUGUAUGGUGCUAAGAUUUCAUUGCUUGGGGAGGAAGGUCCAUAUCGAUCCACUUUUAUUUAAUUCCAUAGUAUUUUUUUUGAUAAUCACUGCAAAAUGAUUUGUAGACAUUGUGGGCUUUGCAAGAUGGUUCACGUAAAAGUUGUGGUGGAAAGUAUUUGAAAGUAGUUUUAAUCCAAUUACUGUACACUAUUGUGAGAGGACUUGGACUUCAGAAAAUUUAUAAGUAGCAUAAAAAUAAAUGAGGCUUUAUUCUUUAACUUCCUUGUCAAUCUGCAUUUAACAAAGACAUCUAUGAGUACUAUUAAAUUCCUUUAAUAAGUAAAAAAAAUCUUUGCAUAAAAUAAUAUAGAUGGCAAUAUUUAAUUAACAUUUGGGUACUUACCCUUGGAGGAUAUAAUUACAGUGUUCAAGGAAGAUGGUUAUAAUGGUAUUAGAUUUAUAUGAGUGGGUUUUUUUAAUGUUAUAUUAUGAAGGUCCAGUAUGCCUCAUUGAAAAUUUUUUUAACCUGCAGGUAUACAAAAUCUGAGUUAUUUUAUACUUCUUACAAAGAAACAUUCAUUUUAUCAUUGCAUUUUGUCUUGUGUGGUUUCAAAAUCAAGUUUCUUUCCAGUUUGAUAUUGGUUUUACAUUGGAAUUUUGUCCUCAGUCUCUGUAUAUAUAGCUCCUACUAGCUUCAGUGAGUCUCAUUGCAGAGGAAGGCAUUUUUUGCCAGAGGUUUGCUGACAAUAAAUGUGAGGGACUGAAACA